AUUGAAAAGAGUUCAUAACUGGAGUCACACAUCUAAAACACAUCAGAGCUGAUAUUAUAUGAAUGUGUUCUGUGAGCUGUUGAAGAAAAUGUCUCCUGUAAUUUUCUUCUGUUUGUGGAGUCUGUCUGGUGUGUUUUGUGAGUUUGUGUCAGUGACUGAAGGAGAUUCUGUUACUCUGUCUGUAAAUCUCACUGAAAUACAGAUGGAGAAAGGAAUCUCCUGGAAAUUUGGACAUCAAGACAUUACAAUAGCUGAUACAGAAAGAAAGGGUAAGUACCCCCGUUCAUAUGAAGAUAGAGCUGACGGGAGAUUCAGAGACAGACUGAAGCUGGAUCACACUGGAUCUCUCACCAUCAACAACAUCAGAACGGAUCACUCUGGAACUUAUAAAAUCAUCAGCAAAACAACAGGGAAACAACUCCAUAUAUUCAACAUUACUGUCUAUGCUCGUCUGUCUAUUCCUGUCAUCACCAGAGUCUCUCCACAAAACUCUUCAUCUUCAGUCUCAAAUUGUUCUGUGUUGUGUUCAGUGAUGGAUGUGUCACAUGUGAGUCUCUCCUGGUACAAAGGAAAGAGUUUAUUGUCCAGCAUCAGUGUGUAUGAACAGAGUAACAUCAACAUCUCUCUUCAUCUGGAGUGUCUGGAUGAUUCUUACACAUGUGUAGUGAACAAUCCCAUCACAAACCAGACUCAACAUCUCAACACUGAUGUCUGUCACAAGUGUUCAGAACCUUCACCUUUCACCUCCAAUCAUAUAGUCAUCAUCUGUUGUGCUGCUGCUGGAUCUCUGAUCAUUGUAACUGCACUUCUGAUCUUCUGCAUCUGUAGAAAACACACAAACACAACCCAAGAUGAUCACGCUCGUGAAGAGAUCACUAAUGCAGAUCCGACCACAUCAGUGGUAUACUACACUCAUUUUUAGAUGAGGAUACCCUAAGGACAUCAACCACCUGGCAAAAUCAGGAGAGCCAUGUACAGUAUAUUCUCAACGAUGGUGACAAUGAAAUGAAAAGCUUCAUGCUGCAAUUCAUGCAGGGCCACAUCUUUCCCUUUAUUUGCUUUUAUUUUCAUUGCUUUUUAGAUUUAGUCAGUUGUUUUGUGAUGUUGUGGUUGAUUUUCAUCAUUGUUAAGAUGCGUAUGCUGAUUCUCGAUGUCUUAGUGUGUAGUCAAAUUUUUAUGUGCGUAACGCUUUUAAAAAUUCUUCAGAACAUCAGAUGGCCAAAAUACUGAUGGGUAUUAUAAUGUUGGAUCAAAUAACAGCACAAUCACUUCAUUUAUGACAACAUUCAAUCAGGUGGAAAAACUUAUUUGUAAUGACCAAAAAGGAGAUCAAAUUAGCUCAUUUUAAUUACUUUAGGUAUAGCAUUUCCACCAAAGUCACGUAAAAUUAAAUUAAAGUGCAACUUCAGAUUUUGAGUCUUUUUAUUGUGGGUAACAACACAUUCUGGGCUGCCAAUGGACAAUUUUCCCAUUCUUAGCUUUCAAUCAACUUAUCAUUUGCAACCGCAAAUAAUGUUAAAAAAUUUUGAAGUGUCAACAAAGGAUCAUUAUUUGUUUAUUCAUACUGUAUUUCGGCUGGCUUCAGUGUUAGUAUGCAGAUGUAAGAGCUAAGAUUUGCUUUUUUCAGCAGGCUUUUCAGACUUUCAAGCUUUGUAAUAAUUAAAGAUAAUAAAGCAUUUGAUUUUGAUUAUUAUCAAAUAUUUCAUUAUAUAAUCAAUAUUAUAUAUUAAGUAAAUGCCUUAUUACAGUAUAAAACAGAUGAUCAGAUUGUUGUUAAUAAAUGCUCAAUAUUUUACGAUGUAUCAAUAUUACAUAACGUUAUAGGAUUAUAUAUCAUAUAUAUAAUCAUGUUUGUGUUUGUAUCUGUCAGAGAGCUGCAGUUGAAGAUGUGGUGUAUGCAGUAGUCACGAGAAGAUGAUCAAACUGAUGACCGUUUUGAUUGUAUUGUGCUAGUGUAUUAGGUAGGAUUAACUCUGUUUUUCUUUUCUUUAAAUAUACACUCUUACAAAUGCUGAGGUAAAUUAUCCAAGAAAAUGUUUUAUGAGUGAGCCAACAAUGGGUUAAACCAGCAAUUCUGGGUUUGUCUGGUCCAAUGCUGGGUUGCAAAUAGCCCAACAUGUUUAUUGUGUGAUUUGUGUUUCACGUAUACGAUCGUUGUCUAAGUGAUCUUUUAUUGUGAUCCUGAACGUAAAUGUGGCAAAUAAUAAUAGUUAAUGUUAAGAUAACAUCCUACUGUAAAGUUUUAAUCUUAAACACAUUAUUAACUAAACUCACCACUUCAUGUAUCUGUUUCGUGCUUGAGACUAUCAUGACAAACACAUUAAUUUCUCAAUACAGACAGAAAUCUGUCGAGACAAGAGAACUGUAUUUAUUUGUUAGAUGCCGUCAUAAUAUUACUGUGGUUGGUAUUAUGGCACUAUACUUGAUAAAGUGCUUUUUUGUUCAUUACAAAUGUUUAUUAUAAAUCUUCUCAACUUUAAAAAGCAUAAAACACAUCAUGGCACAAAGUAUUUUGGGAGUUAAUUUCACAGUUUGACAGACAACCUGCAGGACCUUUGAGCAGCGUAAUAAACACAUUCAGUGAGAAAGAAGAUGGCAGCAGAGCUAUCAAGGCUAGAAUGACCACAAACCCCCGAAGACCAAAAUACAUAUGAGAACUCAAGGCAUGUUAGUUCUUCAGUUUUUUUCCACACACGUCUUCUGUUGAUCUUUAUCUCACAGCUGUUUAUCGUGAGAUUGCUGCAAGUCCCUUAUAGCACACAUCCAGUACAUCUGGGAGACAUGUAUUUGAUGUCUGAAUUUAGAUCUGCAAGACGUGUUUAAUUGUUUGGUCAUCUGCAAUAUGAUUCAUUUACAUUUGUGCAUUUGCCAUAAAUGUACAAUAUAUUUGAAGUUCUUAACAUAAAACUACUAACAGGCAGUAGAAGCAGAAAAGAAAGAGGAACGACAUCAUUAUUUGUGGUAAAUGAGCUCAUGGAAAUCUGAGGCCUUUAGUAUCUCAAAGAGACACAUGACACUAACAGAUCAUUUCU